CAAUAUGUUUAAGAGGAAGUUUGGUAAAAAGCACAAAGAGUUAGGUGAAUGGAACAAGCAUGAUGACAAGGUCCUCUUUGCUGUGACCACUGGCGAUAUCAAUAAAUUACAGUCUAUCUUGGGAAAGAAAGGUACCUCGCCUUGUAAACUAGAUGCAGAGGGAAAAUCACCAUUUCAUGUAGCAGCCACACUAGGACAUCUAGAAUGUCUGGAUUACAUGUUACAGAAUGGGGCAGAUUUUUCAGUUAUUGAUAAUCAAGGUCGCACGGCUAUUCACUGUGCUUCCAGAGGAGGUCAUGCAGAAUGUGUAGAAAGGCUUUUACAGUAUCAAUCGCCCGUCUUUCCUGGAGAUUAUCAAAUGCUGACCCCUUUACAUCAUGCUGCGAUUGGUGGACAUUACCAUUGCGUUUUAGUGUUAAUAGAUUAUCAGUCUCCUAUUGACCCUAAAGAUCUGAACGGUAAAACUCCACUAUGUCUGGCCUCUCAGUUGGGUAACACCUAUGUAUGUAAAGAGUUGAUUGAAAGAGGUGCUAACAUUAAUGCAAUUGAUGAUGAAUACAUGACCCCUUUAAUGUAUGCGUGUAGCCAUGCCAACAAGGAAGUGGUACAAUUGUUGGUGAAGAAAGGAGGCAAGGUCAAUAUGAAAGACAAGUCAGGUCAUGAUGCCUUUUAUUAUGGUGAACAUUCUGAACAGCCUGAUAUCACACGAUAUUUAGAACAUGCUCCCACAGUGGCUAACUGGAACGUCAUGACGCCUGAGACUAACAACUUUUACGAGGAGGAAGGGGUGGAUGUAGAGGAUGGGGAGAUAGAAGGUCAUAUAAAUGAUGCAGAUUACGUUGGUAGGUUCAACAAUGAUGACACCGAUGACGAUAAUAAUGUGUCAGAAAAUGAUGAUAGAAUGUCUAAUGACCUGAUAGAUGCAGUACAGUAUCAGAAUAACAUACAAGCACAGCCGCCAUCAAGAGAAAAUCAUUCUAUGCAGGACAUCAAAGAAUUAGAGGAGGAGAACGACUUGUUAAACGAGGAGUUGGCCAAACUCAACGUAAGGUACAAGGAUGCAGUGAAGAAGAUAAGAACUCUGGAAAACGAGUUGAGUCAGGAAGCUGAUAGACAGCAAUGCUCAAUAUGGGAUGAUACAAAAGUUGAAGAACUAGAGAGUGAGGUGACUGAAUUGAAAGGUCAACUUGAAAAUGAGAAAGUGCAAAGACUUGAGGGUAGCGAGGAGUUAAAACAACUCAAAGUGAAACUGCAGAUGUACGAAGAUGAAGAAAAUGAAGAUAACGAUAGUUGGGGAGAUAGUGAUGACGAUUUAUUUGAUUUACCAGGUACUGGUAACAAUGGUAUCAAGAGUAAAAAAGUGAAAAGUCAGCAUCCUGAUAAUCAGUUGCUAGCUUUACUUAGAAGUCAGAUUGUGGCGUUACGAAUAGAGAACGAUGAAUUAAAGGCUAAAGUUGAGAAUGUGAGCGACCAUGAGGUUAAUCGCCCAACCAAUCACACGGUAUCUAAACGGGAAUAUGACCAGUUGAAAUCAUCAACCAACACCGAGAUGAAACAGUUGAUGGAAGAGAUUGAGAAACUGAGAAACGAAGUGCAGCACAGAGAUGAAGAUAUUGAGGAAUUGAAGAGCGGUAAUGCUGAAGAAGUUGAAAAUCUUGAAUUUCAAGUACAGAAGAUGAAGUCUCAACUCUCGGAUACCACAAACAAGUUAUCAGAAAUCAUGGAAGAGAAUGCCAGUCUUAUGGACACUAUUAGUGAGCAGAAUGAUGUGACGUCACAGAAACAGUACCUGCAGAUACUAGAGACCAAUCGGCAGCUACAAGACACUGUCAAAAAACAGAAUCAGGAAAUACAAACAUUGGAACAUGACGCUUUGAAGUUAAAUGAAAAAUAUGACGAGAUUCAUACAGAGAAUCAGAAAUUGAUGAGCGAGAAUGAGAGACAAUUACAACUAUUGGAUGCAAAUCAGCAAGAGUUGAAAAAGAAAGAUGAAAAAUAUUGUCUUGUGUCACAGGAAAAUGAAAAAUUACAAUUGGAUAUUAAGCAGCAGUCUGAUCUGCUGACAAAAAGUGAAAAGAAAGAAGAAGGAAUCACUGAAAAGACGGAAAAACUGCAGGAGAAUCUUGAAAAACAAACUGCAUUUUUUACGGAGCAGCUUAAACGUGAAGGAGAGAAAUAUGAUGAGUUGUUGCUUCAUAAUGAAAAACUGCAAACGACGAUUCAAAGUAUGAAAAGUCACGAAAAUAGUCAACUAGAUGAACUACUUGAUGAGAACUUACAGCUGCAUAAUACAGUAAGUAAACAGGAAGCUGACUUAGCACAGCUGAGGAUGGAUACGCAGGAUUUUGACAAACUACUGCUAGAAAGGAACAAACUGCAAGAUGUUGUUCGGCAGCAAAACGAAAUAUUGUCCGCGACGGAAAAUAAUAUCAGAAAGUUUGAAGGACUUUUGGCUGAAAACUCCAAGCUGCAGGAAAGGAUUCGAAAAUCAGAGGAGACUGCAAUCCAUCAUAAUGAAUUGAAGCACAAAUACUUGCGAUUACUGGCAGAAAACCAAGAUCUGAAAGACUUAGCUGCAAGAGAGCACAAACAACCCAAUGGUGUACCUCCCACUAUGUCAACAACUAGCACAACUAAGUCCUACGAUCAGCUAUGUACUGAAAAUCGAAAGUUGAAAGAGAUGGCACGCAGACAGGCUAAAGCUCUACAGCAACAAGGGACAGUAAAACAGACAACAAGACAAGUAGAGGCCUUUCAGAAACAAGUAUCCAGAUUACAGCAACAGUUGGCUGAGGCCGACAGUCGUUAUAAGGAUACUGUUAGUACCUAUAGAACUCAUCUAAUCAGUGCUGUACAGGGACAGAUCGAUCCUGAAGUUAAACAAGCCUUGAAGCAGAUUGUAAAACUGCGCAGUGCUGAACAGUUCUGUUGAAGCUUAAUGGUCUUCCACCAGUUGGAGUUGGGCUUCCUUACAAUUCUCUUCGCACAAGUGCAUGCAGUAAUACAUUUCUUGUAUUUUCAUUUCCUAACAAACCCUGAAAUAUUUUAUUUUGCCAUAGACACUAAAAAAAUGUGG